AGAGACAAACGCAGGAGGACACAGGUACGACCCUGCAGGACACCAAACAUCUGGAGACAGGCAGAGUUCAGCCAUCAUCCCGUCAUGGCAGAGAGUUCAGACAUGGAGCAGCUCCUUUUGACUUUCAAAAGAUUUGCUGUUCAUGGAGACACAAAGGCAACUGGGAAGGAGCUGAACGGGAAGAACUGGGCCAAACUGUGCAAGGACUGCAAGAUCACUGACAACAAGAAUGUCACCAGCACUGAUGUGGACAUUGUCUUUUCCAAAGUGAAACAGAGGACUGCUCGAGUCAUCACCUACGAGGAGUUUGAGGAAGCACUCAAACAGUUGGCUCCCAAAAAAUUCAAAGGUCAAAGUAAGGAGGAGGCUCUGCAGUCCAUCUACAAGCUGGUGGAGGGCCGAGAGCCCAGCAACGUUGGAGUGACGAAGGUGUCAAAGACGGCAGCAGUGGACCGUCUGACCGACACGUCCCGUUACACUGGAUCUCACAAAGAGCGCUUCGAUGAGAGCGGACGGGGCAAAGGUCGAGAGGGGCGGGAGGAAAUUGUGGAGAACACCGGCUAUGUGGGAGCAUACAAGAACGCUGGGACAUAUGAUGCCAAAACAAAGACUGAGAAGUGAUGAAGCAGCACCCCCUGCUGGGAACUAGCAGGAAGUGCAGAUCAUCCACGGAGCAUCGUCUGGACCAAACCAUGAACUGUGAUCCGUGUGUGUCUGUAUGAGAAAGAACUGGACAGAGUGUCACUCAUAGAAGCUGCACUCAGAUCAGAUCUGUAAAACAAGUGGAAGUGACUGAAGAAAAUUUGGAAUA